AAGCUUUACAUAGAAAUACUCCCCUUACGCCACUAUCUAGUGCAGCUUACCCAAAUGUGGCUGGAGAGCUAGCCAAGCCUGUUCCGUAGUCCUGGACGCGUUCGGUCUUUUACCUGAGCACUCUUCGCUCAGUUCUGUACACUGGACCGAGCAUUCUUGGGUUCCGGCCAACCUGGUCAGCAUAGCAUUUGAACGCUUCGUUUCUACAAGCGCCGUAGGAUAGUUUUUUCUCAAGCGCAAUAAUCACGUGCUUUAUUUAUAUUUCGCAUCCUCGUAGAUACAACCUCUGAUAGAACACCUUCCCCGAUAGCGGGGUCAGCUCGAUCUAAGGAGCGUGCGGGUGACUCAAGGCCUCCGGAUGGAUCUGGGCCGGAGACGCCAUUUCACUGGAAGGGUGCUCUCCACCACGAACCCAGCAUCCUUCCCGGAUGUGUUUGAAAUGGGCAAGAGGCUGGGCUCGGGGCAGUUCGGCACGACCUAUGUGUGCAUAGAGCGUGCCACAGGCCAGGCGUACGCGUGCAAGUGCAUCCCCAAGAGCAAGCUGGUCACGGAGGGCGAUGUGGAGGAUGUCAGGCGGGAGGUGGCGAUAUUGUACCAUGUGCAGAAUCAGCCCAACAUUGUGAACAUCAAGGACGCGUAUGAGGACAAGGAGCACGUGUACAUUGUGAUGGAGCUGUGCACGGGAGGCGAACUCUACGACACGAUUAUAAAGAGGAUAGAGGCCAGAGGAGUGCCGUACUCGGAAAAGGACGCAGCAGAGAUGGCCAAGGUGAUCGUGCGAGUGGUGGAGCGCUGCCACUCCCUGGGCGUGGUGCAUCGUGACCUCAAGCCCGAGAACUUCCUCCUCUCCAACAAUGACGAGGCCACGGCUGAGCUCAAGGCCACGGAUUUCGGCCUCUCCUGCUUCUACAAGGGCGAGGGCAUGUCGCGGCACUGUGGCAGCCCCAUGUACAUGGCGCCUGAGGUGAUCAAGUGGCGGCCAGGGGCGUUCAUCAUGGCCAAGCGCCCGCCAAAGUACGGCCCGGAGGUGGACAUCUGGAGUGCGGGCGUGCUCAUCUACGCGCUGCUCUGCGGCUUCCCGCCCUUCUACCACCGUAGCCACUCCACCAAGGAGAUUUUCAAGGCGGUGCUGCGGGGCAACCCCACCUUCGCCAUUCCCCCCUGGCCGUCCAUCUCCGACCAUGCCAAGGAGCUCGUCAAGUGGAUGCUCAACCCCGACCCCUCGAAGCGCCCCACCGCCCAUCAAGUGCUCUGUCACCCGUGGCUGUCAGAGGGCCUGACUUACUUGGAGCCUCUGCCUCCUGUGGUGCUGACUCGGCUGAAGCAGUUCACAUCCAUGGUCAAGAUGAAGAGGAUGGCCAUGAAGGUGAUAGCCGAAUCCCUCAGGGAGGAGGAGAUCCGCGGGCUGAGGGAGAUGUUCCAGGCGAUGGACACGGACCGCAGCGGCACCAUCACAGUGGAGGAGCUGCGCACGGGACUGAGGAAAUUCGGGGCACAGCUCAGUGACACGGAGAUUAACAAGCUUAUGGAAGAGACGGACAUAGACCAGAGUGGGGAGAUAGAGUACGGCGAGUUCCUAGCCGCCACCAUGCAUCUGAGCAAGAUUGACCAGCAGGAGAACCUGCUGCGCGCGUUUGAGUUCUUUGACCGCGACGGCAGCGGCAGCAUCACCCUGGACGAGAUGCUCAAGGCGUGCGAGGAGCUGAAGAUGAGCCGCGAGGAGGUGGAGAGCAUGAUGCGAGAGGUGGAUGAGAACCAGGACGGCACAAUCGACUACAACGAAUUCGUGGCGAUGAUGCGCAAGACACAGACGCACGGGUUGAGUCGCAGAGACAUUCUGGACGGGCAUGCUGGUCUGACGGAGAUGGAAAUAGGCAGCCAGUCCUUCCGAGACCUCAUGUUGACCGACAUGUGAGGCAUGCAGAGAGCCAUGCUGGACAUGUGAUGCGCCCCUAGAGACGGACAUGUGGGGUGAUUAUGAAGUUCUAGUCUGAGGAUCUACCAUGAAAUGGCUCAAGUAUUAUUGCAUUGGAUGCAUGGUGUUUGAGGCGCAUCAACUCAUGGGUAGUUUGGUGUAGGUAGGUCUGGCCGGGGUAAACAUCUCAAGGCAGGAGGUUGAUGAAUGUGUUACUAAUAAAGUAGUGUACUAGAGAGUGCAAGGAUACUUGGCCAGUGUAGCAGAUUUCUCUAAUGCGAGUACAUUUGGUGAGAUUCUAUACCAAUGAUUAUGGUGGUUGGCUUUGCUAGGUCA